GCAACCUUAAAAAAUAAAAUUAGGAAAUUGAACCAUAGCCAAAGGGGGUUAGGAACCUGUAUUAUUUUAUAUCCUGAAUUUUAUGCUCAACAUCCCGCCACAGGAGGAUGGUACAUCUGGGUCCGAAAGGGAGGAUUUUAUCGACCUGGAGGAUCCUAAUUUUGUAAUUAUUGAGGAAAAUGAGGAUAUGAGUUUUGAAUAUGAUGAAGAAGCCAUCUCUUAUGGCGGAGUCGACCCCCCAAGCAAUUCUAAGGAUAGUGAUGGAGUGGGCCAUAUGGUUGGUUCGCUACCCGGGGAGGAUGUCGAAGUCGAAGACCUCAACACUGCUCCUGAUCGAACCCCGGAGCGUGAUGACGCCAUCGCCUCGUUUACGUGCACCGAGAGCAAACCUAUUCACGUUGUCUCGAUACAUCCUACAACGCCAUUCUUAUUUGCCGCGUCGGGCGAGAGUGAAGAGGUGUACAUUCUGCAACUUGAUAACGAACAAAGAGAGGUGGAGUCGCUGCAUACCCUUAAGGGUCAUUCCGAUACAGUAAGUUUGUUGUCCUUUUCUCCGAACGGAGAAUGGCUCGCAAGUGGAAGCCUCGAUUCGACGAUUCGGUUGUGGUCAACGGAAACGUGGUCGACAACUUACACGCUAAGCGACUUAUACGGUGAGAUCAUGACUUUCCUAUGGCAUCCCACAAGCUUGUUCUUCCUUGCUGGUGCUGAUGACGCUCAAGCGGCAAUGUGGAAUGUGAUGAAAGGCACGUUGUUGACGUAUUUUGUUGGACACCGUGGGCCAAUCUCCAGCAUGGUGUGGUCACCCAACACAAAAAAAGUUAUCACUGGAAGUGGGGAUGGGUCAAUCAGCGUUUUCAAUCCUCGAACGGGCGUUCAGGAGCUUUGCCUGUCAAAAGAUAUCAGCCCUGACGCUGCUGGGAUAACGAGCUUGUGCUUUGUGAAUGAUGAUCAUUGUGUAGUUGGCUGUGAAGACGGCACAUUACACGUCUUUUCCUUCCGAAGUGGGAAAAUUGUCACCCAUAUGGAAGAGUUGCAUGAUCAAGCUAUCGAAUCUGUGAGUGUCAGCACCACUCUCAACCUUUUUAUUACAUCUAGUUGCGACUGUAAAAUUAUUGUAUGGAACAUAAAUGGGUUUGUUCCGCGAAUGGUUCAUGAAAUAGAGGAAGGUAUUAUUCCUGCAUUGUGGGUCGAUCAAUUUUUACUAGCCGGAUGUAGUGAUGGAAGUAUUCGUGUUUGGGAUGGCCGAUCUGCCUCGCUUGAACCACUAUACACAUUUAAGGGUCACCGUCGUAUGGUACUGAGUAUGGCGGCAACUGAAAACAUUAUUAUAACGGGAAGCGAUGAUGGGAACGUGAAGUUUUUUCAUCUCACAAAGGAUCUUUUUGAAGAAACAUAG